CAGUGUCAACCACUGUGCUUGUUUUUGUGUUGGUUUUUGUUGGUGGUACUACUUAAUUAAAUUUUAUACAGCAUUAUCAAGCAAAUGUCGACUAAAAAGCUUUGGGGUGAAUAUGAAAACGAUAAUAGUGACGAUACUAUUUUACAAAAUGUUAAUUUCAACCCCAUCAUAGAACUCGGCAUGCAGAACAUACCCGAAAUACCAAUAUCAGUAAAGUCAUCGCCCAUAGAACUUCCAAAGCCUAAUUUGAUCACGCAUACAAUUCAAUUACACUCAUGUGCCAGGCAAUUAUCUGCUAUAUUGGAGCAAACAGAAAAUGCAGUCUUUGAAGGUGCGCGAUUAGAUCCCAUGAGCUUACCAAUUAUACCUCCAGAUCCGCCAUUGAACAUAGAACAUGAAGCUACGCCACCAAUAAAUUUUCUGCCAAAACAAUAUUGUGAUUUUUCUUUAGGUAAGGGGCUAGUAAUACAACCUUUUACACCAGAAAGUCAUAAACGUGCAUUGAAACAGUGUGCUGCUAUAGCAAUAGGGCAUGUAGGCAUCGCUACUUGCACUAACACAGCUUUGAAUGCUGUUGCUGAUGCCCUAGAUUUAUACAUGACAAAUAUGUGUAAACUAUUGAGAACAGUAGUUGAUCGGGAGGCUAGUGGCUUGAGAUCUGGAUUCCCAGAUGCUAUAUCUAAAGUAUUCACUGACUUAAAUGUUGGUAACUUACAUCAAUUCUACAAUAACCGAGUGGUGAAGUAUCACUCUAAAAUUAAGAAAAAGUGUGAAGAUUUACGGGAGCAGUGUGAAGCACUGGCUAUUGGUGAUAUAGCCCCUCAGCUAAAAUUGGAAGAAGUACCGGAGUUACAUUUUCCUGCAGCAUUGGAUGGAGCAUUCACACCAUCAUUAGAGCCUGGGUUUCAAAUGUUGCACAGCCUUGAACAGGAGCAGUUACAGGGCUUAGAUCUUCUAGACACAGUCACAACAGAUGAUAUUAAAAUGGAACCAAUGGAGUUCUCACAACCUGAAAGUACUAAAUUGCCAUCUUUAUCACCUAGUGCAAAGAAAAAAAGAAAAUAGAAACUUGGUUUAUAAAUAUUUUGUUUUAAUGCCUCUGUGAAAAAUAUUAGACCUUUUAUACGUCUGGUUUUCCCAUUUCAAUUUCAGUUUCCCUACUGCACAUAUAGUUUUUACAGUCAAACCAAUUAAAGCCCUUGUUAUCCUGUCUGAUACCUGGUGGAAUUUUAUAUUAAAAUAUAUCAUUGGAUUUAGGCCCACUUGCACCACAGAAAUUUGCAGUUUAAUCAUAGUUUGUUGUUAAAUGACAAUACAACUAAAUCCCUUAGUACCAAAAAUAGAAAGUAAAUCAGGUAAAGAAAAGAUGGAGACUGCACAUAAGGUGGGAGCUGGGACAAUUCUCACUAAUUACUAAUGAAAUUACAAAAAAUCAAGAUUGUAUGUUUACAUAAAUUUAGGGUUUCGUACAUAAAUAUUUAAGGACCUCCCCUUAAAUAUUUAUUUUUCAUACAACAGGCAUGAUUUGCGGUUCUUUUUUGCUCAAUAUUAUAUUUAAUUACAAUUUUAUUACAAUACAAAAAACAUUGUUUAAACUGAAA